UACGCCGCUGGCACCGCGACUAAAUCGAGCUGCAUCAGAAAUCAACCGCGUGAACGGCGUGGAAAUGAGCGCACACGCGACUCUCGUCGUAAAUCGCCCUGGCCAGGGUGAUGUUAAGGGCUAUAUGGAGCAGCGGUCAUAUGAUUGCCUUUACGAUCCGCUGUUCACAGUGUCCGGGGAGUCGGACCACACACGGGCUUGCUUCAUAUCGCACACCUCCGGGCAACGACUGAAUCGGGUUCCCAAUUAUGAGUCCAUGUUCAGCAGCCUGCCCCACCACCCCAGCUACAGCCUGCGCCUGGAACCAAAGGAUCCCGUCCCCGCUUUCAUUGACCGGCGCUGGCGGGGGCAUCUGGAUCGACGGCGGGACGCGCUUCUGCAGCUGGCGGGUUUCAGCCCAGCGUCUCCGCGCCUCCGGAGUCACCACCGGGAUAACUGCAACGUUUCGGGGGCGGAUCGGUGCAAAUUCUUUAAGCGCCCUCUGAUCCCCUUCUCACAGCUCCCAGCCCAAGCGUUACUGUCACUUCCCAAAGCCAAUCCGUACUCCUCUGCUGACAGGGGUGGGGACCCUGUCCAAGGUCCUUUCCGGCGCUCACAGGGGGUGCAGACUGAUUACCGCGACAGCGAGGCGCAGACAGACCCUUACAGCCCCAGCUAUGUGGUGAAAGCUGACUCAGUGCCAGAACUUCUGACUUUGGCCACGCUAACAUGGAACCGUGGGCUUCCUGCGGGACUGGCUGAGGUGGAACUGAUAGAGAGGGCCAGAGCCAGGAGGAGCUGGGAAGAAUCUCUCCCACCCCUCGACGACGUGUCCCAGCUGGACAAGAGGAGGAGGAUGAUGGAAGAGAUGGAAAGGAAGGAGUGGGUUUUCAGGGAGGAAGAGAUACAAACGUUGCAGGAGGCACGACUGGACCUCCUCAUGAGGCUGCUCCAGCAGAGGGAGCGAAGGAAGGAGGAGAUCACGGAGAAGCAGCUGAAAACACAUCACACUGUGCUCCAGAGUGGCAUAGAUGCCCGCAUCAGCAAAAUACGGCGAGCUUAUGUUCUCUCCAUCCGGAAGCUGAUGGCCAAGAGGAGGAACGUGGAAGGGAAGCUGGAGAGGCGAGACACCGUCACUGACUACUGUAACUACGGGUCCCAGGUCUAUGCACCGCUCUCCCGCUCCGGGCUGCUUCCUGAUCGUCACUCGGAGAGCAACGUGGUGAAGAGCCGAUUCCUCAGUACCUACCAAGGCUUACUGGAACUGGAAGCAGGCCUUCCUGCUUCAGCCUUACUGCCUUGUAUCACUGCCCCCAAGCCAAAGGUUGCUAAGGGGUAUGUGAAACGUUCUGACCGCUACAAGAUGGAGCUGGACAGGACGUACCAGGAGCUGAAGGAAGUGAAAGUGCAAAAGGAGAACAAGCCCCUGAGAUUCCUCCAGAGGAUGGAGAAGCCUGCUCCUCGCCCCCCCACGCCAGGCGUAGCGGUUCCCCCAGAGGGGGAGGAGGACAGGGAGCUGGCCAUCAUCAACCUGCAGAAGCUGCUGAGGGGCAGAAGCAUCCAGAACAUGAUGUUUGAGGGCAAGAUGAAGCAUCUGGAGCUGAUCCAGGAGCUGCGCAGCACUCAUGCCUUGCAGCGGGAAGAGCAGGAGCUGAAGCAGGCUGACAAAGAGGCCACUCUGACCAUGCAGAGCCUGAGAGAGAUGCACCAGCACAAGGUGUGGAUGGCUGAGGGCCUCCAGGCAGGCAUGGCAGCCGGGGUGCUGGCAGACAUGCUGGACUUCCUGUCCAAGGAGGUGGUGCGUGUGCAGGAGGAACGGCGGAUCCAUGCCCUGGCACUGCUGGCCGAGCGAGACCGCCGGCGGCGUGAGGCAGAGGAGAGCGGGAGGAGGCAGGAGGAGGAGAGGCGUCGCCGCGAGGAGGACGAGAUCUUCAGACAGGUGGUUCAGGUGCACCAGGAGACUGUGGACCUCUACCUGGAGGACAUUAUCCUGGGAAGCAUAGAAAAGACCGCCGAUGAACAGGCCAGAGAAGAGAUACGCAAGAUGGCCGAGGAAGUCAACGACAUCGCCUACUCCAUGGAGAAGGUACGCACCAGCCUGCAGCCUCAGGAGAUGGUGGCUGAGAUGGUGUACAGUUUCCUGAUCCCUGAGGUGCAGAAGAUCACCCUGAGGCAGAGAGUGAGGGAGAACCAGCGAAGGCAUCUCCAGGCCGCUCACCAGCUCAUCCACGGAGAGGCAGAUGCCUACAUUGGCCCCAGGUCCUCAUCACCUUCUUCACAGGCCGCUGCCCGCAUCGCAGAGGAUGCGCUGGGCCAGUCAGAGGGGACAGACACCGGAAAGCUUCCGGCUUCCCGAGUUGAUCAGCAAACAGGAAGCGAGGGCAGCUGAGGCGCCCAUCACGUCUGGUUUUUCGAAACCGUUUAGCCCAUAGAUCCGAAGGAAGGCAGAGCCUUGACCCCUCAUCCCUUUCUAAAAGCAUGAAAUGCAGCAAAGCUCCGAGUCCCACGCUCAAGUGGCUGUGCUGCAGUCAGUUAGGACCUAAUGAUCCAGCCCAUUAUUCUCCACACUUUCAUCCAUGGCUCUCUCAGUCCUAAUUAGUCAUCAGGCCAUUGAAGGAUACAGCUCCCACAUCUGUCCCUGUGUGCUCACUUCACAGUGAGGUGGGACUCUUUUGUUCGAGAAACAUGAGGGGGAGAACCAAAUAAAUGAUUCUGAAUAGAUUCCAGUCAGGGGGCCCAACACUUUAUGGGGACUCAUGGGAGUUUUAUUUACACAGAAAUGUUCUGAGGGCAAAUAAAAAAAAUGAUUGGUUUAGAGAGAUAGCCAAUCAGAUUGCUUUUAGAGGAAGUGGGUCCAAGCAAAUAGAAGGGGCUGGACCAAGACAUCUGAUUUGUUGGUGGGGGGGACGUGUGCUCCCCAGUAUUAAAUUUGGCUUCAUUCACCCUCCCCUCACCAACUAUAAAUAAACUUUUGCCUUUAAAUUAUUAAUUUGUGCCCACCCCCAAUAUCAAACUCUUUUCCUACUCUAUUACAUAUACAGCAGCUCAACAACAGUGGGUUUUUAUAUUGUGUUUUUGCACAUAAUCAAGCUAAAGAGUUCGGCUGAUUAGAGGUCAUUAUAGUAGUGUUGAAGGGCCAGAGGUCGAGCCUGUGCCAGUUCAGUAUUUGUGCGCUUGUGUGAGUAAGGGGGAGUUACACGCGUCGGAUAGAUGCACCUGUGAUCAGAAUCCCAGCUUUGGCAUCAGAAUAUAAAAUAGGCCUUCAGCGGGUUAGGAUGCUGUGCUUUUAACAGAAGGUAAUAGUUAUAAUUUCAGUUCAGUUCAUUUGAUUUCCCCCAAAUGCUCCAAGGACUAUGAAUAAAAAGUGUCUUCUAAAGAAAAUGUAAAUAAAACGAUAAAAGAGUGCUUGAACCAUAUUUAAAAAAUGAUACGGGAUACAGGUGCAUCGUAUCUAGGGGUGGAAGUUGGUGAGCAGCAGUGGAAAAGAGCGUCAGUAACCCCGAUUGAAAAAGAAUUGUUGAUAGCGCGGGGCGCAAACAGGUGUUGGGUGCGGAUCACGCCUGGUAGGAGCGGGGGGCGGGACAGGACAAGACAAGGCGUUUCAAAACUGCUGUUUUUUAUGACUCCAGUAACCAGGAAGAGGUGGCGGACGCUGUCGGGUCGUGCGCAAGUGCGACGCCGCUUACAACUUUCGCUUCGUUAGUCCGGAUAGUUUGGAUGUGAGCGCGCUUAGGGGCCCGUGUAAGGGGAUUGUUUGCUGACCACCCUGCCGUUAUGUCAGAGGUCAAAGUGGUUGAAGAUAUAUCAAACUGUACCAGAUCACAGACACCAGAUCUGAUUCUGACUGCGAGAACCAGGUUCGUGUUUGGGUCCUGUGUGCAUACAUAUGAAUGGUCUUGUUUUUUGUUCUUUGUAACCAGUGUCAUCUGAUUUGGUGAACUGAAGUUUGCAGUUGGAUGCUUGGUUCUACGGCUGUAGUUCUGGUCAUUAAUAUCCUCUGUUAAAUAACCCAUAGUGGCACUUUAGUACAUAAUAAGAGCAAAAGUAUGUGGACACUAACUUGUCUAAUACAACCCCUUUUCAAAAAAGUUGGGACGCUGGGUAAAAUGUAAAUAAAAGAAGAACGCAAUGAUUUGCAAAUGAUAUAAACCCUUAUUUAACCGAAAACAGAGCAAAGACAACAUAUCAAAUGCUGAAACUGAGAAUUUUUAUUGUUUUAUGAGAAAUACAUGCUCAAUUUGAAUUUGAUGCCAGCUACAUGUUUUAAUAAAGUUGGGACGGGGGCAUGUUUACCCCUGUGUUGCAUCACCUCUUCUUUUAACAACACUCUGUAAACAUUUGGGAACUGAGGAGACCAGUUUGCUGGACUUUUGAAAGUGAAAUGUUGUCCCAUUCUUGCCUGAUAUAGAAUUUCAACUGCUUAACAGUUUGGGGUCUCAUUGGCGUAUUUUUCAUUCCAUGAUUCCAGGCCAGUCUAUCACCCAGACUCUUUUCCUACGGAGCCAUGCUGUUGUAAUAUAUGCAGAAUGCAGUUUGGCAUUGUCUUGCUGAAAUAUACAAGGCCUUCUAUGAAAAUGACGUUUGACCUGGUUACUGAUAAGCUGGAUGGUUUCUCUCCUCUGUAGCCCGGAGAAUGUGGCGUCCAUGAUUUCUGAAAAGAAUUAGAACGUUUGAUUCGUCAGACCGCAGGACAUUUUCUUAAAUGAGCUCAGGCCCAGAGUAGAAGGCGGCAUUUCUGGAUCAUGUUUAGUAGUUCAGUAGUGUUUCACCCUGGAUUUUUGGAUGCAGCAAUGAACUGUGUUUACAGAUGAUUGUUUUGAGAAUUGUUCCUGACUCCAUGCAGUGAUUUCCACUACAGAAUUGUGUCUGUUUUUAGUGCAGAGCUGCCUGGUUUUCACCCUUGUCCUUUGCGUACAGAAAUUUCUUCAAUCCUUCAAUGGUAUUAUGUACCUUAGAUGAUGGUAUCCCCAAAUUCUUUGCGAUAUUAUGUUGACGGAUAUUAUUCUUAAAUUGUUGCACUAUUUGCCCAUGCAGACUUUCACAGUGCUGAACCUCUUCCCAUCUUCACUGCACAGAGUGCUGAACCUCUCCCCAUUUUCACUGCACAGAGUGCUGAACCUCUCCCCAUUUU